CAACAGAAGGAGUAAAUGUGACUGAGCGAAACGGAAUACUCCAAAUCAAAAAUUGUCAAAAGAUUCAUAUUUCUCUUACCCCUAUCUAAACGAAGGACAUACAUGAAGAAAAUGAAAUGAAAACUGCUGUUUCAAAAACAGUCAUCAGUAUCAUUUUCUCUCCUUACUAUUUACAUACUUUGAGUAAAAUCUCUAAGACUGCAAAGAUGAGAAAUAGACAGACACUGUAGUCUGUAUGUAAAAUUAUCUGUAUGUAAAUUUGUUUUUCGAGUUAUCUUGAUCGAUUAGUUAUAAAACGAAUUUAUGUGUUCGCCUCAAACAUAUAAAAUGCACCAAUCAUUUUCCUCUACUUUAAACAAUCAUCAUACGUUGGCUACAAUCCCAAAUUUCUAAACAUCGUGUAUCGAGGUAAAAACGGAAGCUAUAUUGUUCUAAGCAGGAAUAUUUCCGUUUGUAAAUUUCUAUUGAGUAAACAGGUAUUUAUGAAUGAUUGUUUAAUUUUCGGUAGAGGAUAACCCACAUUUAAUGAAAUCAUUUUAUUGUAUAUUCAUGAUGGCCUAUAUUUGUCUUGAUACUCAAAAUCAUAUAUGAAAAAUAAUUAAAUAUUUUGUUGCUUAAUAAAAAAAUCGAAUUUAAAUGCAAUAUUUAAAGAAUAAAUAUACCAUAUGGAAUUCCUCACACUUUCCAGAAUUACGACAAUUUAGAACUGUGGAAUUAUCAUGUACUGGAUUAUUAUUUCACCAUGCAAGGCCUCAAGAUUUUGUGAAAUCUCAAUGGAUGUGUUUUACACCGAAAUAUUUCACAAUAUAUCGUGUAUCUCUGGCAAUUCUUUUGUUAGUAUGGAUUAUAUACGAUAUUGUUAGAGAAACAAUCAGACUUUUCGACCGUUCUGAAUAUAGUUGGAUCACGUAUGGCACAAAUUGGGGAUUUCUGAUACUUACCAUAGUUCAUAUAUCACUAGCUAUCUACUGCUUGAUUUACAACAUAAAAUAUUCUAACCAUGAACCAAGAUAUUAUCAACCGAUAUGGUUUCUGUAUAACUUAUCAGCAACAUGUAUGCUUGCGGUUUCUGUCAUAUUUUGGUUUUCAUUGUCGAACAUUCCAUUGAAUGUAUUCACAAGUUGGCAGAGUCGAGUUAAACAUUCAUUAACUUCAAUCUUGGUCGUAAUUGACACAUGCCUUUGUGCUAUUCCGAUGCGAAUGAUACAUGUCAUUUAUCCUUGUCUACUCGGUGUGAUAUAUAGUUUAUUCACAUAUUUGUUUUGGUUACUCGGUGGUGCAGGUCCUUAUAAUAAAGGACAAAUUUAUCCUUCCAUUGAUUGGAGUAAACCACAACCAACAUUACUAGCCUGCUUUAGUGCUUUGAUGUCUGCUAUUUUAUGUCAUGCCAUACUUUAUAUAAUCUAUUUCGUACGAGUAAAUAUAAGCGCUAAAUUAGGAGGUCGAGGUUUCAUGCUCAUUAAAGAAUCGAAGGACCAACAGUGUUAUGACAAUGAGGAAUUUGAUUUGAGCGAAGCGAUCAGUGAGAGUGGCAAACAAACUAUCCAGAUAAGGAAGAUGCAAAAUCCACAAACAAUGUAUCAAAAAUAUGGUACAAUUGAAUAAAACAUUAUUACUUUAUACACGUAGUGUGUAGACCAAAUUUUCAUAAGGUUAUCUUUAAAAAAUUGCUGAACAUUGAUUUAGUAUGAGGUGGAUACUAUUUGUUAGUGUCAUAUUCAUUUCUAUUAUCCGAUGUUAAACUGUUCCCACUUCUUAUACUGAAAAUGUGCUUCUAAUAAAUACCGACCAGGAUAGUAAGGUGUGUUUCACCAAUCGAAAUUCUGUCCCUUUUUCUAAAUCCAAAUCAGAUAUGACAAAGGACUGCUAUUGGUCACUUAUCGACGAAGUCAAGAUCGGAACCAACCUAAAUCUGAGACCAUUUUCACAAUAUGGAAUGUUUGAAUGGUUCUGUUAUUCUAUCUUAAUGAUAUUGUUAAGUCAAA